CGCCAUUUGAAGUGGAGGUCACGGAGCUGAGCCUGGUGAAGAGCGAGAUUAAUCUGGCAAUAAAUAGUCUGAGCUCCUGGAUGAAAGAUGAGCAUGUCUCCAAAAAUAUGGCCAUGUAUUUAGAUACAGCAUUUAUCCGGAAGGAGCCAUUUGGCGUGGUGCUCAUCAUCUCCCCCUGGAAUUACCCCGUUCAGCUGACUCUCAUCCCACUAAUUGGGGCCAUAGCUGCUGGUAAUUGUGUCAUCAUGAAGCCAUCCGAAAUCAGCCAAAACACAGAGAAAGUCCUGGCUGAAGGCCUUGCCCGAUACCUUGAUCAGGACUGUUUUGCGGUGGUUUGUGGCGGGGUGGAAGAAUCGACUCGCCUCCUGGCAGAAAGAUUCGAUUAUAUUUUCUUUACAGGGAACCCAGUUGUCGGUAAAAUAGUGAUGGAGGCCGCGACCAAACACCUGACGCCACUGACGCUGGAAUUAGGCGGCAAGAAUCCGUGUUAUGUGCACGACGAUUCCGACAUCAAGAACGCUGCCAGGCGCAUAGCCUGGUCGCGGUUCAUCAACGCGGGUCAGACGUGCCUGGCGCCAGACUACGUCCUCUGUUCCGAAGCGAUUAAAGAGAAAUUGGUGGUGGCGUUACAGGCGACCAUCCGGGAGUUCUACGGAGAGGAUCCAAAGCAGUCGCCGGACUUCGGGAGGAUAAUCGGCGACAGGCAUUACCAAAGGGUGGCAGCGCUACUCAAACACGGGAAGGUAGUGGCGGGCGGACAGACAGACGACUCCGAAAAAUACAUCGCGCCCACCAUCCUCAUAGAUGUGGCGGAGUCGGAUCCGAUAAUGCAGGAAGAGAUUUUCGGCCCAAUUCUUCCCAUUGUCAUCGUUCCCGGGUUAGAAGAAGCCAUUCAAUUCAUCAACAAGCGAGAAAAGGCGCUGGCUGCGUAUGCGUUCUCCGCCAACUCGCAGAUCAUCAAUCAGGUCCUGGACAGGACAAGCAGCGGCAGCUUCUGUGGCAACGACGGUAUUGUGCAAACCACCAUCAUCUCUCUGCCGUUUGGAGGAGUCGGACACAGCGGGAUGGGCAUGUACCACGGCAAGUUCACCUUCGACACCUUUUCCCAUAAGCGGGCAUGCCUCCUGCGCAGCGACGGUCGCGAGAAGCUCAACGAGGUGCGUUACCCGCCAUACAACGAAAGCCGGCUGGGGUUCAUCCUCUCCAUGACGGAGGUGAAGCGCAAAGGAGCUUGCGUUAUCUUCUGAGGAUCA